CGUUCUAUGUUGACGUCGCUCGCUGAUAUGAUGGGACGGUCCCGUUAUUCCGUUCGGCAAGCGAUGGAGCGCACGAGGAAAACCAUUGUCCGCCACCGAAGCCGUUUUGUACUGCAUCAUACGGCGUGGUGGAUUUGUUUUGUUGUGAUCCUGAACGCGUCCGCGGCGUGUGCCGCUCACCUGCGCCAGUGUAAAGAGGCGGACUACUACUUUCAGUACACGGAGUGUGACAGCACCGGGUCCAGAUGGAGGGUGGCCAUUCCUCUGAAUUCAGGAGCGUGUACAGGACUACCAGAACCUGUGCAGGGCACCGACUGCACGUUCUCGUGCGAAGCGGGGGAGUUUCUGGAGAUGUCUGCUCAGGAGUGCACUCAGUGUGCAGCUGGCACUUACUCGCUGGGCAGCGGCCUGCGUUUGGAUGAGUGGGACGACAUCCCUCCUGGAUUCAGCAGCCUGGCAACCAGCCCUGAUAACGCACCCAACGGACAGAAUGCGUCCACCUGCAGCAGUGCAAAGUGGGUCGCUCAGGGCUCAUAUCUGGAGUCCAACAGAGAUGAGUGUACUGUGUCUCUGAUCUACACUGUACACUUGAAGAAGCCGGGGUCAGUGUCCUUUGACUACCAGUAUGUGGAUAACAGCAUCUUCUUUGAGUUCUUUAUUCAGAACGACCAGUGUCAAGAGAUGGACCAGGAUUCAAAUAAAAAAUGGAUCAAAUUAACUACUCAUGGAGAGUGGGGAGCACAUAGUGUGAAUCUGAAUUCUGGCGCUAAUAUCCUGUAUUGGAGAACCACUAGAGUCACACUCGGGUUUAAAGCAGUCAAACCUGUACUCUUGAAGAACAUACGGAUCGAAGGUGUGGCAUAUACAUCAGAGUGUUUUCCAUGUAAGCCUGGGAUGUUCAGUCGCACCCCGGGCUCCUCCUCCUGUGAGCCCUGUCCACGGAACACGUACUCUGGCCGAGGGGCCAGCUCCUGCACACCUUGCAACACAAAAACACACUACGCCUCAGAAGGCUCUGCCAUGUGCAAAAGUAGACCGCCAUGCUCAGAAAAAGACUACAUCCAGACAUACAGCACCUGUGAUAAAGAUGGAAAGACUCAGGUCAUAUAUAAGUGGGUAGAGCCUCAGAUUUGUUUGGCAGCUGCUGCUGGCGCAGUAACACUACCACCUUCUGGUCAGCGUGAGCCUUGUCCACCCUGUAAUCCUGGUUUCUAUAACAACGACACUGCCACCUGUUCUCCCUGUCCACCCGGGACUUACUCCGAUGGGUUCAAAGCUUGCCAGCCUUGUCCAGCUGGCACGGAGCCUGUCCUCGGCUAUGAGUACAAGUGGUGGAACGUGCUUCCUGCCAACAUGAAGACAUCCUGCUUCAACGUGGCCAACAACAAUUGUGAUGGAUUGAAUGGUUGGGAAGUAGCGGGUGAUCAUGUACAAUCAGGAGCAGGUCGUUCAGAUAACGAUUAUCUCAUAUUAACUCUCAUGGUGCCUGGAUUCAAGUUGCCUGUGUCAGUUCGAGGAGCAUCUGGCAGUGAGUACGGCCGGAUCACUUUUGAGUUUGAAACUAGCUGCUCAGCUGACUGCGAGUUCUACUUCAUGACGGAUGUGAACAGAAGAAGCACAAAUGUCAUUGAAUCAUGGGACGGGAGUAAAAGCAAACAGAGUUACACACACAUCAUGACCGAAGACUCUUCUAUUGCGUUCACUUGGGCUUUUCAACGCACCAGUCAGGCUAGUGAUGUGCGUCAGUAUGUAAAUGACAUGGUGAAGAUUUACUCUGUGACUGUCACUAAUGCCAUGGAUGGGGUGGCAUCAGCGUGUCGGGCGUGUGCCCUGCAGUCUCAGCAGGCCGGCUCCUCCUGUGUGCCCUGUCCAGCUGGACACUACAUCGAUAAAGAGACCAACCAGUGCCAAGAGUGCCCUCCUAACACCGUCCUAUCUGGGCAUCACAUCUAUGGCAAAGAAGCGUGCCAGCCGUGUGGGCCAGGCAGCAAAAGCAACAAGGAGCACAGUGUGUGUUUCAGCAAUUGUUUGUUCACACACACUGACCAGAAUCGGACACUUCGGUAUGACUUCAGUCCUCUGAACUCCGCUGGGUCCAUCAUGAACGGGCCCAGCUUCACUGCGAAAGGCACAAAGUAUUACCACCUCUUCAAUAUCAGCCUGUGUGGAGCUGAGGGUCACAAGGCUGCGGUCUGCAGAGAUAAUGUCACAAACCUGCCCAAUGAGGAUGAUGAAGGUGGUCAGCUGGGCAGUUCAGUGGAGGCUUUUCUCUGUCGAUCAACGAUUAUCCCAUCUGAUGGGCGGGGCUUAAGAACAGCUCUUUCCUCUCAGUCCAUUAGCCUGGCCGACACUUUUCAGGGAGCCACAAUGGAGAAAUCUCUUAACGGAAUAACCACCAGACCAGAACUAUUUCCAUCUGCAUCCGAGAGAAUCCCAGAUGUCCACUUCUUCUAUCGAUCUUCACAGGUCACAACCUCAUGUCCGAGAGGCAGGAAUGCAGUGGUUUCACUGCGCUGUAACCCGGAGAAAACAACGAGGGGAGACAUAUCUGUGCCCAGUGGGUGUCCUGCAGGGACCUGUGACGGCUGCACAUUCCACUUCCUGUGGGAGAGCUCUAGUGCAUGCCCGCGCUGCACUGCUGUCGACUACCACGCCAUUGAAGGAGCUUGUAAGGCAGGAGUGCAGGACACCGUGUUUAUGUGGACUGAACCUCGGCUGUGCAAUGGAGGACUGACUCUCCCGCUGAAGAGAACGUCUCCAUGUGAGGCGAUUGAUUUCUGGCUGAAGGUGGGCGCUGGGCUUGGAGCGUUGUGUGCUAUUCUGCUCGUCUCCCUGACCUGCUACUUCUGGAAGAAGAACAAAAAGCUGGAGUAUAAGUAUUCCAAACUCAUGAUGUCAGCCAAUAAAGAGUGCGAGUUACCAGCGGUGGACAGCUGUGCCAUUAUGGAAGGAGAAGGAGAGGAGAACGAGGAGGAAGAAGUGGUUUAUGCCAACAAGACUUCUCUUCUGGCUAAACUAAAGGCUAUUGCUACCAAGGGCAACAAGAAGAGCGGUGAAGCCGUCCAACUGCAAUUCUCCAAUACAGAGAAGUCUGUGUGGGGAUAGAAGAGGACUGAAGAGGGAUAUGGAAAAGAAAGGGAUGAAUGGAAGUUCGAUAUCACAUGCAGUGGCCUUAAGAAAAUAAGGGCACAAUUGCCCGAGGAAGGAAUAUGGGUUAAACAAGCCUGCGAUGCCUCAGGAAGCCAGAUGGACGUGCUUUCACGAAUAUUCCUGUUGAGAUUUGUCACUAUGCAGUUGUGUGUGUGUGUUUUCCUAAUGUAAAUGCGUGAAAAUUCCCUCCCUCUCCAGUGCCCGGGUUUCUCCAGAAGCUUUUUAGAGCUAGCGACAGGCGCGACUUUACACGAGUCCUAGCUUGUCAGAGCGAAUGUAGCCAAGGGUCACACAAAUACACUCCGACGUUAAGCUUUACUGACAGACGCUUCCAAUCCCAGCUAAACAGCACUGGAAAGCCAUGUAAAGUGUGUUGUGUUCAAGUGCAGCCAAAAUAGACUGUUUUUUUUGGUCGUUUUUUAUUUAGUUAAGUAACCUGUUUGACUGUGACGGUGACAUUCCAAAUGAAAUAUGACAUGAAUAAAGUCUAUGAAUAAAGAGAUUACAGCAAAGCAGGAGUCAUCUCUGUACAGCUAUUUUUAUGAUUUUUCGACAUACCUCUGUGUUAAUCUGGCUUACAGUAUCAAGACAAACACAGGAGAUUUCAGGAGAAAAGGAUUCCUUCAGAACUGUGACUGCAGACUGAGGUGAUGAAACAUUUGCAGUCUAAUUAAGGAACUUAAUGAACUGCCGGUGGGGUUUUUAUUCAUGAAAUUUUAAGACCCAUCGACAUGAAAUCUGAGGAAAUGAUCCGCCGAGACCCAUAUUGAUUCUGGAUUGAGGUGUAAACCUAUAGUUUACUGUGCCGCUGGGAUUUCGUUGUUUUGUGUGGUCCACUGCUACUCUGAAGUGUUAGAUAUACUGUAGGCAGUAUUAUUCACAUGAGUAAUUCUGUGAUUUUUUUUUUUUUUUUUCUCAAUUUGUGUGUGUGUGUGUGUGUGUGUGUGUGUUUACAGUGAAAUGAACCUGUAACUGUGUCCAACUGAUGUCAGUUCUUGAUAUAAUUUGUUUUUGAUAUCGUGUGUAAUAAAUGGUUGUUUGCACUCUCAAAUGCGUCAAUUUUAAGAACUUAAAAAACCAACAAAUAUGAAGAAUUUCUGUAAAAAUUUUGAUGACGUCAUCUGACAUUUUGUUGAAAUUUUUUUAUAACCCUUAAGUGAGAUACUUGUGUGUGUGUGUGUUUUUUUUUUUUUUUUAUGUGCUAUUAUAAUAUUUAUACAUAUUUGAAAUGAUCUUAUUACAUUUUCAGUCGUCCUUUUAAUUUUUAGUAGUUCGGACAGGGUUUUAUUUUUUAUUUAUUUAUUUUAAAUAUUUCUAUUUAGCUUUAUUUAUUUUUUAGUACUUCAGCUUAAACUAAUUUCAUUAAGUUGUCAAGGCAACAUUUCUAUUUUUUUUCUAAUUCAAGUUUUCAUCUAAUAUUUAUAUUUUAUUUUAUUCAUAUUUUAUUUACUUUAUUUCAAUUAACAAAAUAUUGAAAUCUAAUGUGAUGUCAUGGCUGAUUACAUAAUUUGCAGUACUUCAUGGUACAAGUCGUCCAUUCCCUCAUGAGAGAUGUCAAGAUUUGUAUGGUUAUUUAUUUAUUUAUGCUAUUUUUUAAAUGUAUCUGUUCCUCCAAUUGAAUAUUGUGAAUCUGGUUUCCUUUGUAUUAUUGGAAGUUUUGGAAAUUAAUGAAAAAGUAGCUGAAAUUGUGGGUAUAGCAAAUGGGAUGACAACAGUAACAAAACACCAUAAAAGUGGCCAACAGCUUUUUUUCCCCUUUGUAUCUUUUAAUAUUGUAAGUUUGAUUGCUUUUGGAUUUUUAUCAGUUAUUUUAAAAAUGAAUGAAAAAUACAGCUAGAAGCAGGUCAGAAAUAAAACAAUCAUGAAAGUGGUCCAUAUGUUUUAUUUCAUUGUCUUCUAAAAGGCAUGGUGAUUGAAUUGACAUUUACUGUAAGUCCUUAUUUACUGAUUCAUCUUUUCUAAAAAUCAAAUUUGGUGGUGUCAGAUGCAUCACAUUUUAUGUCCAACUUACAUUUUUCAAUCUUUUCCUAACAUUAAGCUCAUAAUUUUGUGUAUGGACUACCUUUAUGCUAUUUGUUUUUGUUUUGUUGUGAAACAUGCUCAGUAAAUACGACAAGCUGGGUGAAGAUUCUUUUUGUAACAGCACAAGUUUAGAUCAACGUGACGGUGAGUAGAUGAUCACAGAGUUGUCAUUUUUGGGUGAACUAUCGCUUUAAUGCUGCAGCCGUGUAGCAAAAGCCUUGUACGUUUAGCUGUCCUCAUUAGUUCUCUCACUCGUUCUGAAUGUCACAGGCUAGCUCACUAUCUUUCAUUCUGACUCUCACUCAUUCCUGUGCCUCCUCGUCUCUCGGGGCUUCAGAAAUAUUGUGGUUGUAGGUGGAGGAGGUCGUGUCUAACCUGGAAAAGUGUAGCAGUUCUGAUAUCUCCCAUAAAAGCCUCGACUCGGUGCCACAGCCAUUAGAAUUCUACCGAGGACGGAAGAAGUGUGAUGUGCACAAUUCACCAAAAAACUCCCUCACUAUCUCUAUCCCUCAGCCAUCACUUAAACUCUCUCAUUCAUGCUGUUCUCUCUCGCUUUCUCUCACCUGUCCUCUCUCUCUCUCCUCAGACGAACUCGUGUGGCUGAUAAAAGGAAGAGUUUUCAAAGGCUUCAGCACUUCAGCACUUCCGAUGUAUUAUUCUGGCCAGAAAAUCCCUGGCAAAAAUUGCAUUCCAUUUUCCCCGCUCAUAAUCUCUGCUGCUUCGUCCUUUUUAGAAAGCCAGAAGCCAGCUGAUUGGAUGUCAGCAGAAUAAUUUAGUGGAAGAGAGAACACCAGGGCAAGGUUUUUUUUUUAUUUUUAAUUUCAGUGAGGAAAUGCUAACCUGACAUUGUGAGACAUCCAUCACAGUCCCAAUGACAGAAAGUGUUGAGAAGGUACGUCAAUGUGUGUUUGUGUAUGAUAAAGACUUACUGUUGUCCCACAACCUCAACAUGAGGAAUAAAACAGACAAUUCAUCAUUUAGUUUGUUUAUUAUGAUGUCAUAAUGUCCUUUUUUAUUGCACACUGCACCAUGGGUACUGUUCUAUUGCUUUGUGUUCAAACCGAAAAGUUCAGUGCCUUCCAGAAGUACACAUUCCACACAUUUGCAACUCCUUUACAGAUCUGAAGGAGGUCUAUUUAAGCCUUACAUACAAAUUCGAAAUCACCCCAAGUUGUUCUAGGUACAUCCAACGAACAUGCCGUUUCAGAAAAACAGACAGAGAAAGAGUGUCCAGUCACACAUUCAGUAUUUGGGAUUGACAACUGUACUGUAUUUACUAACAGAUGUGACACUAAAUUGUCCUGUACAUACAACAGAAAACUAAAUUAAUCCUAUUUAAACUUGCAGGCCGCACAGAAUCAGUUUCAUUGAUUUUCACAAUAUUGGAACCUACCUAAGUUAUAUUUAUUAAGUAUUUUGGGUAAAUUGAUAAUUUCAGCUGUUUAACAGAUUUUUCUUUACAGAAAAAUGUGGGGAAAAGUUUGCAAAUUCUGUUCAGGCCUGGUCUUGAGUCGUGCCUGUAACCAUAAGAGAUGGAUAACCACAGUAACAUCAAGAUUUAGUUGGAUUAAUCUAAACCAUUUUUGGCAACUCCCUCUGCCUUUACUGUAUAAAAUCUUGUUUUUCUAAUUACCUUGUCUGCCCAGACACUUAGAAAUAGUUUACCCAAAAAUGAAAAUUUGCUGAAAAUCUACUCGCCCUCAGGCCGUUCAAGAUUUAGAUGAGUUUGUUUCUUCAUCAGAUCAGAUGUAGCAUUACAUCACUUGCUUACCAAUGGAUCCUCUGCAGUGAAUGGGUGCUGUCUUAAAAAGCAAAAGACUGUGUUUGUAAGAAAAAAAAAAUCCAUCAUCAUGUCUAUAAUUCAAAAUAAUGCCUUUUCCAGUAAAAAAACAAACAAAAAAAGUCCGUCCCCUAAGCAGCGGUCUAAAGUUAAAAACACCACAAUGAUUGACUUGUUUCUUAUAAACGUGCAACUUUUCAAUUCACAAGAUGUUAAUUGACAAACUGGAGUGGUGUGGAUUAUUGUGAUGUUUUUAUCAGCUGUUUGGAGUCUCAUUCUGACGGCACCCAUUCACUGCAGAGGAUCCAUUGGGGAGCGAGUGAUGGAAUGCUACAUUUCUCCAAAUCUGUUCCUGUGAAGAAGCAUCUUGUAUGGCCUGAGAAAUUGUUUUAAAAUCAAUCUUUUUUGGGUGAACUGUUCCUUUAACAGGAUUUAUAUCUUGCUCUCUGUCUACUUAAUACACACUCCACUAUUUACCGCCUGUAGUUCUGCUCACACAUCAACCGAACUCGAUGUUGAAUUCAGAUGUGACACCUGUAAGUGUGAAGUAGUCACUUUGGUUAUAGGAUAUGGACAGUUAUCACUUUCUUUCAGAACCAAACUGUUUAUGAACCUAACCGUAUUUAGUACGCUAAAUAGGGCUGACAUCCAUAUUCUGCCGUGGUGUGAAGAUUUAUGUCAAACAUGAACAGAUCUCUGAAGUUUGCCUUAAACUUUCCCACGCAGUGACGCGUUUAGACACAGCCGGCUGCUUUUGCAGUAAGACCCACGAUCCCCACUCUGAAAUGAAAUUGCUGCAGUGGGUGAGGGAGGCUCGCUCUCCAUUUGUGUUUCUGCGCAGACUGCAGUCUCGCCUCCCUCCUAAACCGUUUCUAAACCACUCAGACGAAUCCGCCACAUUUGACUUUUUCUUCUCUCAAAAACAUUCUUAAAGAGGCUAAGGCUGGAACGAGGACCCCUAGCAACUUAAUGUGCAGAAAGAGGAUGUGUGCAGAUUUUGGGAGGGUGUUGUACUGUAAGCCUCACCACAAAAGCAUUGAGUUGCUGAGUAUGGGGCAGUGAAAUACAUUACAUAAACCAUGCUGUUUAUCUCUCUACACUCGCCGACUUAUUGACUUUCUUUGUUUCAAAUGUGGACUGUAUCUGCUGUCCUCAUAUGUUUUUGCAGUUCUUUCAUUGGUAAUUUAUAUAAAGAGCAAAAUUUAGAUUUAUUGAUCUUGCCUAUGUAAAAGUGACCGCCACAGUACUGGUUUUCAAGGUGUUGCUAUGCAGUUGUGAAGAUGUUCAGGGUGGUUUUUAGAAUGUUACUGUUCUGUUGCUAAGAUGUUGUGGGUGGUUUCCAGGGUGUUGCUAUGCAGUUGCUAAGAUGUUCUGGGUGAUUUUUGGAAUGUUACUGUGCUGCUGCUAGUAUGUGGGUGGUUUCCAGGGUGUUGCUGUGCAGUUGUGAAGAUGUUCUCUGUGGUUUUUAGAAUGUUACUGUGCUGUUGCUAAGAUGCUGUGGGUGGUUUCCAGGGUGUUGCUUUGUAGUUGCAAAGAUGUUCUGGAUGGUUUUUAGAAUGUUACUUUGCUGUUGUCAGGAUGUGGUUGGUUUACAGGGUGUUGCAACCAGGGUGUUGCUAUGCAGUUGCAAAGAUGUUCUGGGUGGUUUUUGGAAUGGUACUGUGUGGUUGUUAGGAUGUGGUUGGUUUGUAGGGUGUUGCUAUGCAGUUGCAAAGAUGUUCUGGGUGGUUUUUGGAAUGUUACUGUGCUGUUUCUGAGAUGUGGUUGGUUUCCAAGGCAUUGCUAUGCAACUGCAAAGACGUUCUGAGUGGUUUUUAGAAUGUUACUGUGCAGUUGCUAGGAUGUGGUUGGUUUCCAGGGUGUUGCUAUGCUGUUGUGGAAUUAUUCUGGGUGUUUUUUUAGAAUGUUACUAUGCAGGUGCUAAAGUGUUGUGGGUGGUUUCCAGGGCAUUUUAUGCAGUUGCAUUUUUUGUGUGUGUGGUUUUUUUACCAUGUUACUGUGCAGUUAUUAGGGUGUUUUGGAUGGUUGCCAGGGCGUAGCUAUGCAGUUCCUAAGGUGUUCCUAAGUAUUGGUUAGCAUGUUUUUAAGGUGUUCUGGGCAGUUUCCAGGGUGUUGCUAUGCAGUUGUUUAGAUGUUUUAAGUAGUUUUUAGCAAGUUACUGUGCAGGUGCUGCAGAUGUUCAGUGUUUUUAAAAUGUUGCUAUGCAGGGUGUUCUGAGUUUUGAGUUAGGCUACCUAAUGACAUUUACUUAGGGUUAGGGGUUUGUCAUUGUCAAAUCUGUCAUUGAUUGGUUAUGUUUUUCUAUCAUCCGAUUUUCUUGUUCCUGCUGUGUUCACAUCCUGGUACUGUUAACUGACACACAAAUGAUUUCCUUUGCUGCCAUGCUGUUGAAUUAUGAAUGUUGAGAGCUUUAGCAUUUCUAGGUUACUGUUACAUGUUUGUUUACUAUGUCUCUUCAUGACGAGCCAAGAAUGGAUGAUCCUACAAUGACAUGAUACAGUUUGACACUUGCAUUAGGUAGCGUGAUAUUGUACAGAAUCCCUUGGGGCCGUGUGAUGGCCGCAAGCUAAAAACAAGCAAACUUUUAGCAUUUUAGCUCCCCUCAAUCUUCAGCUUGUCAAAGAACCCGAGCGUCCCACUCUCUUCCAAACAAACCAACAGAAAAACAUAGAAAUGUAUAAAACCUCUGAAAUGUAAAAAAAGACAUCUGUAAAAAAUGGCCUGGUCCCCUCCCGCCCAAAGGCUCUGAGGAACCUCUCGUAUUAAAACUAUAGGACAAAUGAUAAGGCACAACAAGCCGAUAUUGAACAACAGAAUACAUUUUACAUUCACUGCAUCACAAAGCAUUUCACACAUCAGAAACGCAACCGAUUAUCACCAGUUUUCCACUGAAAUGGUGCCAGUGUCAGUGUUGGGGUAGACAGAAAUAUUAAGCAGCACAACUGUUUUUAACAUUGAAGAUAAGAAAUGUUCCUUAAGCAGCAAAUCGGCAUAUUAGAAUGAUUUCUGAAGGAUCAUGUGACACUGAAUACUGGAGUAAUGUUGCUGAAAAUUCAACUUAAAAUCUAUUAAUAUAGAAAACAAUUAUUUUAAAUUGUAAUGAUGUUUCACAAUGUUACUGUAUUUAUGAUUAAAUGCAGCCUUGGUGAGAAAAAGAUUAUAUAAUAUAAAUAUUUGCAAUUUCAGUUUUUCUCAUUACUUCCGAUUUCCAAUUACUUGUAUUUUUCCAAGAACUUACUAUUUCAAAUUAUCUAUCUUUUAACUUGGGUUUUUCCAAUUACUUACAAUUCCAGUUUAUGUUUUAAAAAGUGUAUUUGGAGAGUGCCCUCUGACAAUACUGUUUCUUGCUUUGUCA